AGUGGAGUCUUCUGUCAACAUUUGUGUCUCCGCAGAAGGGGGGCAGUACGGCGACAAAUAAUGAUCAGAAAUUACUGCAAGGUUCUCCAAAAACAUGUCUGGAAAUUCAUCAUGCCCCCGCACGUUGCAACGGGUGUUCGACAAAAGACAACAGUCCAGUUUGCCACACGGCCAGACCUGCCAAAGCUGGCCUACAGGAAGCUGACAGGGAAGAGUCCUGGAGUGGUUUUUCUGCCUGGUUUUGCCUCCAACAUGGGCGGUCAGAAAGCAGAAGCCUUGGAGGAGUUCUGCAAGUCUUUGGGCCACUCAUACCUCCGGUUUGAUUAUUCUGGCUGUGGGUCAUCUGAAGGUGAAAUGGCAAACUACAGCAUUGGUGCUUGGAAGAAGGAUGUGCUCUUUGUACUGGAUGAACUAGUAGAGGGGCCACAGAUUUUGGUGGGCUCCAGCAUGGGUGGUUGGCUGAUGCUGCUAGCAGCUCUUGCACGACCAGAAAAGACCGCUGCCUUAGUGGGCAUCUCGACAGCUGCAGAUCAUUUUGUCACAUCAUUCAAGACGCUGCCAAUAGAGACAAAGAAGGAGAUAGAGGAGCAGGGCUCUUGGAAAUUCCCAACCAAGUACAACGAAGAGGGUUUCUACACUCUGAGCGUAAACUUUCUGAAAGAGGCUGAGAACCACUGUGUACUCCAGAGCCCACUCCCUGUCACCUGUCCGGUACGUCUGAUCCAUGGGGUUAAAGACUGUGACGUACCCUGGCAUGUCUCCAUUCAGGUCGCAGAACGGGUACUCAGCAAUGAUGUGGACAUUAUUCUUCGCAACCAUGGGCAUCAUCGCAUGUCAGAGAAAGAUGAUAUUAAGCUCUUGGUGUACACCAUUGAUGACCUUAUUGAUAAACUGACCACAUUGGGGCGAGGAGGGAUGGACCAGUUGUGAUGGGAGGGUUUUGCCAAACCAUUGUAGACAUGUACAAAAAAACAAGAACUCAAUGUUCUUCUCCAUGCCUAGUUGUUUAUAUAUAUAUAUAUAUAUAUAUAUAUAUAUAUAUAUACUGUUUAUUGUGAUAGCACUGUCGUCUGUCAGCAAAAAGGUCCCCUAGUUCAAGUCCGGCUCAUUCUGGUUCUUUCUGUGUGGAGUUUGCAUGUUCUCCCCAUGUUUGCAUGUGUUUCCGCUGGGUUCUCUGAUUUCCCCCACAAUCCAAAGACAUACAGGUCAAGUGAAUUGGAGACUCUAAAUUUACCUUAGGUGUGAGUGGAUGCGUGAAUGUGUUUGUCUGUGUGUGUUAGCCCUGUGAUGGUCUCUGCCUUUGGCCCGAGACAGCUGGGAUAAGCUCCAGCCCUCCCUGUGACCCUACAUUGGAUAAGUGGCUAUAGAAAAUGGAUGGAUGGAUGUUAAUGUUACAUUUACAUUUUGUUAUGUUUUCAAAGUAGCCUAUCACAAUAUUUCACAAAAAAGGUCAUCCUCAAGUACUAUUGUUUGUAAGUGUUUGUGCCUUGGGUUUUCUUUUCACAUGUCUAGUUUAUCAUCUCUAGAGGGGCACACUUCUAUAGAUCACUGGUUCACAAAAUGUGUGUAUUUUGUUAGUUUUCAGCAAGUUAUCAAUCUAAAACGUAUCCCUGUUUCCGUUUUUGGUAGGAAUGACAGCCGUCUAUGUCCAGGGCUUUGUGUACGCUGAUGACAAUAAGUAGUUUAUUGUAAGCUGCUAUCUCAAACCAAAUAUUAUAAGCAAACUUAUAAAUGAUAUUACAAAAUAAGGAAAAAUAGUUUAGAAUAAGGCUUGGUAAACAGCCACAUGGGGCAAUGUCAUUCGGUAUAUUUGUUAUUUUAAAUCACUGUAUUGUUUUUUCUGUGUACUUGAAAGAAAGAAAACUGAAUAUUUACUUGGAAAACUACAUCCAAGAAAUGAAUGAUUAGUACAUGCUUUUAAUUGCAAGGGAUUCUGCUAAUGGGGCAUUAAAUAAAUGAGUUUAUUUA